AGGAGGCGUUCUUCCAUGGGGUUUUGUCUCGAGAGAAUGGAUUCCUCUUAACAUCAGCAACGGAUGAUGUAUCCUUUGAGGCAGAUUUUGCUGCUAACCAUCACCACCGCCGCCUCCAAACAGUCAGCCAUUGAAGUAUUAGGGCCAAACCAGGCAAUCGCUUGCUUCAACACGGCUGGACUUCAAACAGUGGACAUUCGCUGUCCUGUUGGGUAUGAAAUCGAAAUCCUUGCCAACUCUGCCCAAUAUGGUGUCAGCCAUUUUGGCGUCUGCUUCCAGACUGUCACCGAUUGCAUUGCGCCUGCGCCGACCCAGAACCUUUGUUGCCACAGACAGUUAUGUUCCUAUUACAUUCAGCAGUGGGGGAGAGUGGCUAACUGUGGAAAUGCCAGCACCUACUACCAGGCUCGUUAUUACUGUGUAAGAGGGCGUCCGGCGUCAUGUGGGGGAACAUUGGCUGGUAGUGAAAGCGAAAGUAUUCGUAGGAAUCGUAGCGCAGCCUACCGCACUAUUCUCUUUAAACGGCCCAGGAGACCACCUGUCUCAAGUAGUACCGCAGAGGUGCCAAAUGUUACGUACGCAACCAACGUUUCAUCAGACUCCAUUACAGAUUUAAAAAUGCCAUCAAGUACAACAACUUCGAUUGAAACAACCACCGCGUUUUCGGUCACUUCCUCGCCCUCAGAGCUCCCAGGGCUCCAAACAACCAUGGCGACACUGCUGACGAAGGAACCUAUCUCGCAUGUCAACCGCGCCAACUUGGGCACUCCAGCAUCUGAAAUACCAGCAUCAGCUACCCCUGUUAGCAAAGACCCCAAGAUGCAAUACCAAGACAAUGAAGCCAUCAACAGGAGUAAUUCACACGCCGUUAAAAACACAACAGUAACGCCUUUGGUUAUGCAAACGAACAUAUCUCGAGAUUCAUAUUUUUUAAUGACUUCGGCACCAACGUUGCUUACAACGAAUUCCUUGACUACGAGGACCACCAAGUCACUACACUAUGACCAUUCAACCACAACAGAAAUGGGAGAAACACCAUCUCCUACUCCCCUGACUGCUACUACCAUUAAAACCACCACAGCUUCUCUCCCCUCAUCAUUGCCCACUUUUCCCGCCAAAAUAAAAGGAAACGAAUCCUCCAAAAAGAAGGUCACAAAAAUGUUAACUACAACAACUACAACACAUUUCUUAGAAAAUGCUCAAAAAACGACACCUGAACCAGAACACGCCAAAACUUUACAAAGGAUGGCGUCGGUGACAACAACGAGUGAUACGAUGAUUCCUGUCAGUUGGAAACCAGCAAAAGUUACCGUUCCAACCAAGCUUCAAACCCCCUCCACCACAAGGAGCGCAGAUGCAAAAGUCCCAUUUGAGGAAUUUGGGGCCAAACCGGAAAUUAACCCCCCAAAUCCCAAGGCCACGAAAACAAAUCAUACAAUUUCGCAAGAAAACACAAAAACGAGGCCAACGGCUUAUAAUUGGACAACACGACUCACCAGCUCCAGUGCUCCACUGGCCAUUACUGGACAAGAUUCCAAAGAAAAUAUGUCUGUUGCACAAGUAGAUACCACUAAAAUUGAAAACCACAGAACGCUAGAAGACAGCCUGAACCCUGUGUUGGGGACGGGCACCGUUCAGGAUAAAGAAAAACCUGGUGGUAUGACAACCACUAUAAUUUCUUCGGUGGCGUCCAUGUUAGUCCUCGUCAUCCUGCUUGUUAUCAUUGUCUACAUUUGUAGAAAGAGGAGGGUACCCAAAGACAUCAUCCAGUUUUACAACGCUGAAGACGACGACCACGUGCCCACCUAUCAGAAGCCGUUCUACGACCUAGAGCUUGACGUGAAGUCCACCCAGAGCAACUGUUUGGGCGUCACCAUUGGCUUCGAGGAGUGCUCAGACGACAAUAGCACAGGCACAGGGACGCUUAAGAGCACGUGCACUACAACAAUCAAGAGGAGCCGCCCUAGCAGCCAACGCAGUUCUCUUAAGAAGAAGCAUGUAUCUUUCUCAGAUGAUGGAUUAUCUAAAGAGUUUGCUGUGUAUCACAACGGUGCAUAUUGUGGGAUAGAAACUUUUGAUGAUGAAAAAGCUGUAGCCCUGGACGAUUUACCUGCAAACGUCUAUGAUGACGUUGCCUCGGUGGAUGCUUUGAACGAUGUUCUACCCUGCGAUAUCAUCGUACCUCCUCCCAAACCGUUCCGAGAGAGUUACAAAUUUGAUGACGUAAUUUCCGAGUUUGUGAACGCGCAAAUCUUGCGCCACGAUGCACAAGCUGUGCCUGGUACCUCUUCUCCUCUGAGUUUAAGUCCAAGUAACGACUGCUUUGAAAUGUCAGAGAUGACAAUGCGUGCCGACAGAAGACUCCCUUCCGACAUUCUUCCCGACGUUCUUUCCAUGCAUACACAACGAGACUGCCACUCUCCCUCUCAACAGCGCAUCCGCCAUAGACAGAAUUCUGUAAGCUUGUCGUCUGCCUCCCAGCCAUUCUUUGACGUCAUGGAACCGACUGCGUUUGGCACUGAACACAUUCCAGAGCCUUCGGUCGAUGUCAGAUAUCAGUUUCCAAGGAAGAGAUAUCCAGAACUGGUCACAAGUUUUCAGUCCAACGGCUGGACUAAGACCCAAAGUGUUGAUGAUUUACUGGGAUCUUAUGGGGAUCCGUUCCAGCACAACGCUGCCCCCCUGCGGCGUUCCACCAGCUUGUACUCCGGAUCAGACCUCUACGAUAAUACCAGUCUGACGGGCUAUUUGCGAGCCCAGGCGAGCCAAGAGAUGGAAAAAGAGCUUGAGAUGAUAGAUAAUGAUAUUCACUACAUGUUCAAUUCUGUGGACAGGAGAAAACGCUCCAAGAAACCACGGCGACUCAGCCACCUGGACCUCUAA